AUGUCGACGCCGAACAACCCCAACGACAAUGGAAAGGCCAGGGCGAUCCCCUCGCCGCGCGUCCCAGCCGCCGACGAUGCAUCCUCGAUGCCCAUCAGGUCGCCAUCGCGAGCUUUUGGCGAUGGCGUGGGGCACGCUUCGCCCUCGCUGCCCAACAUCCCUCCCCGCGUCGGCUCUCCCUCAGCAGAACCGCUCAACCUCUACUCGUCUUCGCAACAGCAGCGUCAUGACCCGUCCAAUUUCGCCAGCUCCUUCCAGAGGACCGUUUCAAUCGAGCCGCCUUCGCGUGACAGCGCAUCGCUGGCUCCUCCCAACGCCGACUCGGGCCUCUCGACACCCAGCAACCUCGACAACCUCGAUUCUUUGCCCUUUUCGGACGAGCGCAAAGCACGCAUCAUCGAGAGACAUCUCGUUCGCCCAGACGCAAAUCGCGACUCGAUCUCGGCCACCUCGAUUCCAUCUUCCGAGCACACCGACGAGAGCUUUACGAGCGAAGAUGCUCACGGCUCGUCCACUCCCAACCCUGCUGCCGCUGCAGGUGCUGAUACCGGCGGCGAUUCUCCCUCCGCCAUCCAAUUUGAAGAGGUAGACGAAAGCUACAUUGGUCCGCACCAGAUGCAAGGUGGUGCCAUCACCGACGACGUCUACCGCUGGGCGCACAAGAACCGCAGGGUUUCCGCAAGACGCACUCGAAGCGAGAGUCUCCACAUUCCUCGUACGGCCACCAUCGAUCCCGAGCUCGAUUUGCAGGGCAUCAAGGAGCCAGGCGGAUUCCGACGCUUCUUUGUCAACACGCAGGCCGAACAGCAGGGACGUGCUCCUCCAAGAGCACUUCGCAGCUUUAUCGACUUCCUCAGCUUGUACGGCCAUUUUGCCGGAGAAUUCCUCGAGGAGGAAGACGAUGAUGACGACGGCGACGAUGACGAGUCAGACUAUGACGACGACGAUGACGAUGCGCGUGCCAUCCCGGGCACCAGUCGAGCGGCUGGUAACGGGGACACCGAGAACGCAGGUCUACUCCGUCGACGCAGAGGUCUGCAGCGCAACGACACCCAAGCCCGCAUGCGCAAAGCGAGUAAGGAGCGUCGCCGUGGCGAGGCUACGGUGCUUGACGCGGUCAUGAUGCUGCUCAAGUCGUUUGUCGGGACUGGUGUUCUCUUCCUCGGCAAAGCCUUCUACAACGGCGGCCUGCUCUUUUCCACCGUGACGCUCUGCUCGGUCGCCAUCAUCUCGCUCGUCUCGUUCCUGCUACUCGUCAAGACCAACCUCCGCUGUCCUGGAUCGUUCGGUGACAUGGGCGGCAUCCUCUACGGCCCCCGUAUGCGUCUUGCCAUUCUCGCUUCGAUCGUGCUCUCGCAGCUCGGCUUUGUGGCGGCCUACACGGUGUUUGUUGCGCAGAACAUGCAGGCGUUUGUGCUAGCCGUGACGCAGUGCAAGACGCUUGUGCCCGUCUGGGCGCUCAUUCUGGGUCAGAUGGCUGUGUUCUUGCCGCUCUCGCUCAUCCGAAGGAUCGCCAAGCUGUCGACGACGGCCCUGAUUGCCGAUGUUUUCAUUUUGUUCGGCAUCGUGUACCUGUUUUGGUACGAGAUCGGCAAAGUUGCGACAGAGGGUAUGGCGGACGUGGUCAUGUUCAACAGCAAGGACUUCCCUCUGUUCAUCGGUACUGCCGUGUUUACCUUCGAAGGCAUUGGGUUGGUGAUUCCGAUUACCGAGUCGAUGAAGGAGCCAGAGAAGUUCCCGCGCGCUUUGACGGGGGUCAUGGCGGGCGUGAUGGUGCUGUUUGCGUCGGCCGGUGCGCUGUCGUACAUGGCGUUCGGAUCGGAAAUCCAGACGGUGGUGAUCACGAAUCUGCCGCAGACGUCGCGCUUCGUGCAAGCCAUGCAGUUCCUCUACAGCAUCGCUAUCCUGCUUUCGACGCCGCUGCAGCUGUUCCCCGCUCUGGCGGUGCUCGAAAAGGGAAUCUUCACCAAGAGCGGCAAGUACAACUGGAAGGUCAAGACCGAGAAGAAUCUGUUCCGCUUCCUCGUUGUGGCGGUAUCGUGCCUAGCUGCAUGGGCGGGUGCCAACGACCUGGACAAGUUUGUCUCGCUGAUCGGCAGCGUGGCCUGCGUCCCGCUUUGCUUCAUCUACCCGCCGCUGCUGCAUCUGAAGGCCAACGCAACAAGGACCGCGACCAAGGCCCUGAACUAUGCCAUGUUAUUCUUCGGUGUUAUUUGCGUUGUAUUUGCGGGUAGUCAGACGAUCAAGGCGAUGCUGGAGAGUUCGAAGCCCGCCGGGCCCCCGAGGUGUUCUCCGCGCUAA